CAACAAUAUUUUUAUAAAAUCACUUCGCGAAAGUGGGGAGAGGAAUGUUAAAUUUUAUGCGAUUUUUUGUCACAUAAGUUCUAUUCAUAAAAUCAAUCCGUUAUAAUAUAUUCAUAUGUUUCCACUAGCUUACGCGGAGAUUAGAAUCGGGCUCAGAUUGGCACUGUAGAAAUCUCAAACGUCAACCAAAACAAGUGCGUGUCGCAAGAGCGCUUUUCUCUUUUUGUUCCUCCUCGAGAUAGUGCACAUCUCUUCGUCUAGCUAGAAUGUCCGGAGGCAAUAGCCUGACGAUGGACGGCGAACUGCGGUACAUGGUGCAGUGGUUCAAUGAGUGGAGUGAGCUUCAGCGACAGGACUUCUUGCCCAUCCUCCUGGAGUGCCUCUCGCCGGAGUCCUAUGUGAAUGGACUCGUGAGCGGAAUGGCCGAGGCGUCGUGCAAUGACAAGCCGAUGAGUCUGUUUCAGUGUCGGGUGAAGCUCUUCCGUGAGUGGUCCAGCAAAUGGCCCCAAAACAUCAAAGAGAAACUAAGUGAGAAAGUAUCUGAAAUUGAUCCCACAUUUGGAGACAAGUUCAGCAGUGAAUUGGAGGGUUUGCAGACAAAUGGAACCGAAUCUGCCGAAUCGGAAUCCAAUGAUAAAUCACCGACGACUGCUCAAGAAUUCUAAUUGGGACUCUACAAGGCAUUCCUUCAGACCCUGACUGACUUCAUGACCAUUUGCGAACAUCGAGGAUUGAUCCUCGGCAUUUAUACGGAGAAUUUCUUUAGCAGCUCUCUCUUUUUUUCUAUCUAUUCUACCACUAAAGCUUAUACAUAUUUAUCAUUCCCCGAAAUAUUUAUGAUAAAAUAACAAUAGUAAAUAACAUAUAGUGUCACAUUCCAUUGCAGAACUAGUUGUGAUACCCAACAUAUUCCCAAAAAAAGAGAAAAAUCAUUAGAAAAUCAUUUUUCCUAUUAUCAAAUUGUAUCUUGGAGUAUAUCAAAUUAUCGGUUUUUGAUAGAGGAAUAUAUAUAUUUCUUUAUAAAUCCCUGAAAUAAAUUUUUUUUGAAAAAUCUACAAUAAA